AUGCGAUCCAACCUUCCUCUCAUCGCUCUCGCGUCUCUGUCGGCUGCUUUGCCUUCAAAGCGUCAACCUGUUGACGAGCGGGCUUUGAAGAAUAUCAUCGGAGAUCUUGAAGCUCGAGGCGAGACUCUAGAGUCUCUCGUCAAGCGUAUUGAUGCCAAGAUAUACCGUGAUGAAAUCCCAGAUUGUUCCACGGAAGACCCUAGCUUCAUGAUCCCCAAGCAGACCGGCUACUCUGUUGACCAAGGUGUCAAGUUGCCCAGACAGGGUAACAAUGAUGCAUGCACCACAGGUCACAAUGAUGAUCACUGCUGGACCGAGUAUUGGUUCGUGGAAUCUGCCGUUGAGUACUCGAGCUGGCAAAACUCGGGGGCGGCUAUUGACUGCAGGUCCACGUCGAUGUGCAACUCCAACGUUGCCCAGAUCCGUCAGAGCUGUACUUCGUAUACUCGUUCGUCUUCCAAUGGUGUUGACUACAAGAUUAUUGACGGGGCUCUGGAGUUUGCGGUCCCCAAUACCGAGGCAAAGGUCACUCUGGGAACCAGCAUUAACUACCAGCACACUGACGUGGACUCCAAAACAAGCAUGAUUUGUACUUCCGACUCCACUACCAACACCUGCCAGUGGGACGACCAGGACUGUCAUCAAGUCUGGUUCGCUGAUCGUACCAAGCGAAUCUGGGGCCACAUGGAUCGAGUCUGUGUUGGAAAGACAGACUCAGCGGUCCAGCAGCAGACCCUUAACGCGAACGGCCGUUAUGUCCGUGGCCAGGCUGAGUUCAGCAUUGCCAUCCCCGUCAACCACAUCGUCGGAUGCAAUGCAAAGUGCUCUGACUUGACUUACAAUGAGCCUAUCCCUAGCGAUGGAACCGUCCGUGUGCCUUUCGACAUUGUGUUUAAUUAG